AUGCCACUCUCCGAGGCGCAGCUGCUCGAGAUCCAGGCCGACGCGAUGGCGGACGACGUGCCCAUAGACCUCGUCACCAUGUCCGAGUGGAGCGAGGCCGAAGCGGUCGCCUACUUUGAGAGUGGCGGUGAGACGGUGCCGGGCGCGGCGGGCACCUACACCCGCGGCGACGCUCCCACCGGUUCGACGCCUUGGCUGCGCUGCCUCGGGAAGAAGCCGGCGGCGACGCACCGCGUGGUCGUGUUCAACUGGACGGGCAACCGCGGCGGGCAGGGCUCGGCGCACAACCUGAUGCGCCCAAACUGGUCGGCGGCGAUGGAGGCGUCCGAGGUGUACGAGGUGCUGCUUCCCGGCCGAGGGAUGCGCCAAAAGGAGGCGCUGCACACCUCGACCCGCGAGCUCGUCGCUGCGCUCGCCGCCGCGCUCGGCCCGGCGCUCCGCGGCGGCAAGCCCUUCGCCUUCGUCGGCCUCUCCCACGGCGCCCUCCUCGCCUUCGAGACCGCGCUCGCCAUCAGCGCCGCCGCGCCGGGCGAGGGACCCGCGCUGCUGUGCGCCGUCAGCGCCGAGGGCCCUUCCUGGCCCGGCCGCAAAGGCGGGCCGGCGAUGCUCGCCGACAAGGGCGGCACCGACUUCAUCCUCCGCGACGCCGGCCUGACGAAGAUGUACGUGCCGGUGAUCCAGGCCGACCUGGCGCUCGAGGAGACGUACGCCCCGUCCGGCGGCCGGCUGGGCGUGCCUGUCCUCGCGGUGGUUGGCGAGGCGGCGGGCCGAGACAAGCAGCGCACGUGCGUGCCGCGAGAGGCAGCCGCUCUCUGGCUUGAGGCGACGAGUGCCGCUGGAGGAUCGAGGGUGUGCUCUCUGCCGGAGGUGGACUGGUACGUCUUCCAGGAGCCCGCGGGCGCGGCGGCGGUGCAGCGCGAGGUCGCCGCCUUCAUGAGAAGCGUCUGA